UGCGCCCUCGUCCUCAGCACCCCGUCAUGUGGUGCGGUGGAGCGUUUCCACGCCGCCCUGCAGCCGCUCGGACGCCAGCGCGCGGGUCCGGCAGGGAGGAGGUUAAACUGGGGAAGGGCGCUUCGGCAUAAUGGGACUCCGGUCAGUCGGCGGCGCGCGGCAGAGUUGAGGCGACGUGAACGCGCGCGGACCCAUGGAACUCCGUCCAUUCUCCGUUUUUACCCCCAAUCCCGAAUAAAGCGGCGUUUGGCGCUCGCUGGGCUGGUGGAACCCGACCGUGAAGACGCGCUAACGACCUCCGGCGGCGGACGGGAAGUCGACGAGAGGGGAGGCUCGAGGUGAACGGGAGCGCUUUUUCCACAAACGAGGGGGAACGCCGCGGAAUGUGACGCUCGUGCCCAGCAGGAAGUCAAAGGUUGACUGUGAUGAAGAUGUGCCAAGUCCUCCUCUUCCUCCCUCUUCUUCUCCUGGGCUGUUGUGUCUUCUGUUUUAGUGACCAUCACUCUGCUCCCAGGGUGCAUCUGUCUUACAAAGAGCUGAUGGAGACACGCACAGCGCGACCUUUCUCUUUCUCCUUUAACACCAGUGACUACAGGAUCCUUCACAUGGAUCAGGACCAGGGCCGGCUCUACAUCGGCACUCAGGAGUACCUUAUUGCGCUGGACAUGCACAACAUCAACAAAGAGCCACUCAUAAUCCACUGGCCAGCUUCUACCCAGAGGAAAGCCGAGUGUCAGCUGACAGGAAAGGGAGGACAGGGUGAAUGUGCCAACUUCGUACGUCUGAUUGAGCCCUGGAACAGGACUCACCUGUACACCUGUGGCACCGGCGCCUACAAACCCAUCUGUACCUUCAUCAACAGAGGAUGGAGAGCCGAGGACUACGUGUUCAGACUGGUGCCGGGUGUCAUGGAUUCUGGUAAAGGAAAGUGUUCCUACGACCCUCGACAAGCCAACGCUGCAGCUCUGAUCAACGGGAACCUGUAUGCAGGAGUCCAUGUUGACUUCAUGGGAACAGACCCGGCCAUCUUCAGGACGCUGGGGAGCAGACCUGCCGUCCGGACUGAGCAGUACGACUCCAGGUGGCUCAACGAGCCGGUGUUUGUGAAGAUCCAGCAGAUUCCAGACAGUUCGGAGAAAAACGACGACAAGUUGUACUUCUUUUUCCGGGAGAAAAGCCUGGAUGCAGGCGGGGGGAGUGCCCCCGUGGUGGUGUCCAGGGUGGGCCGGGUCUGCCUGAAUGACGACGGCGGACAGAAGUCCCUGAUCAACAAGUGGACAACGUUCCUGAAGGCUCGUCUGGUUUGUUCAGUGAUCGGGAACGACGGAGUAGAAACACAUUUUGAUGAACUGAGGGACGUUUUCAUUCAGCCAACGCAGGACAGACGAAAUCCGGUAGUGUACGCCGUCUUCACCACCACUGGGUCUGUAUUCAAAGGCUCAGCCGUCUGUGUGUAUUCCAUGUCUGACAUUCGAAAUGUCUUCAACGGCCCCUUCUCACACAAGCACGGACACAACUACCAGUGGACCCCAUACACGGGCAGGAUCCCCUACCCUCGCCCCGGGACGUGUCCUGGAGGAACCUUCACGCCAAGCCUUCGCUCCACCAAGGAGUUCUCAGACGAGGCAGUGAACUUCGUGAGGGCUCAUCCGCUCAUGUACCAACCCGUUUACCCCAUUCACAAACGUCCGCUGGUCCUGAGCACUGGCGUGGACUACCGUUUCACCUGCAUCGUGGUGGAUCUGGUGGAUGCCGCCGACGGCAGAUACGAGGUGCUGUUUCUGGGAACAGACCGUGGAACAGUCCAGAAGGUCAUUGUGCUUCCUAAAGACACCAACAGCGUCCAGCAGCUCACGCUGGAGGAGAUGGAGGUGUUCAGGGGUCGAACUCCCAUAAAAACGAUGAAGAUUUCUUCAAAAAGGCAACAGCUCUAUAUGUCCUCAGACAAAGGGCUUACCCAGGUCUCCCUGCAUAGGUGUGCCGUCUACGGUAAAGCCUGUUCAGACUGCUGUCUGGCCAGAGACCCUUACUGCGCCUGGGAUGGAGAGAGCUGUUCCCCCUUCACUGCCUCCACAAAGAGGCGGAGUCGGAGACAGGACAUCAAACAUGGAGACCCGCUGCGUCAGUGUCGUGGUUUCAAUGCUAAAGUAGAGAGGCGGGCUCAGCUGGCGGUGCAGUUCGGAGUGGAGGGCAGCAGUGUGUUUCUGGAGUGUCAGCCCAGAUCUCCUCGAGCCUCCGUCAAAUGGCUGUUUCAGAAGGAUGGCAGGAGGAAAGUGGAUUGUUUACGACACACUACAGUAAAUCCAGUGUACUCUUCUUCAAAGCUGAACCGGGACCAGGAGGUGGUGAAGACAGGUCACGGGAUGCUGCUCAAGUCCUUGAGCAAGGCGGAUGGCGGGCUUUACGUCUGCCUUGCCACUGAGAACAACUACAAACACACUGUGGCCCAAGUGGCCCUCCGCAUCCUAGACAGAGAGAUUGUGGAGGCCCUCACUUCUCCAGACACGCCGGCCGGCACAGACACCCGCGAUGCCUCCACGGGUGACCCAACACCUCCUCCUCCUCCUCCUCUGCCCCACAGUCUCCCUUCGCAGUUCUCUUCAUACCCUGAGAUCCGCCUCAUCAGCCAGUACUGCCGCUCUUACCUGCAGGAGCCAAAGCUUGGCCUGCCCGUCAAACAUAGCCGCAGGCAUGCCGAGGGCCACGGCGGCCCCGAGGCCCCUCAGAGGUCAUAAACACCCAAUUCUUUUUCCUUCACACAGCACUGACAUCCAGCCCGCCACAGACACCUCACACAGUAGUCAUGUUUCCAUCUAACGUUUGAAUAAACAUCAAGCGAAUACUUACAUAAAUAUCACAUAGAAUAUCACAGUGGAACAAGUUCAGAAAACUGUCUCACUUUACUGUAAUGCAGCCUUUAAGACCAGGGAAUGACAACAUUUAAGUUAUAUCACCAGAUUACCACAACCCCACACCACAUCUAGUCUCAGAUCAACAUAUAUCAAUAUCCUGACCAGAUCUGUGAUCACAUGAUGAAAUCCUAUUUACAUUCAAUUUUUUAUUCAGCAAAUGCAUUUCUAUCACAAUUUAUUGCAUUUCUUUUUAUCUAAUAGUGUAUCUGCCUAAAGCAUGUACAGCAUAAAUCUUUUAUGCGAAUUUUAUUUGAUAUUUUCUGUGUCCUUUGACUUUUUCUAUGUGAAAACAAAAUUCGCAUAAAGAUACUUGGAUGGGAAUGUGGUUAUUGUCGUCUAUAAAGUAUUGUGCAUCACACACUUUUCUGAGCUCAGAUUCAGAAUACGUCACAUGUUGUUAAUAAAGACCUGACUAGAGAAAAUGGUAAAAUCUGCAGAACACCAUCUCCACCUCCAUAGGUUAACAUGGUGUACGUUCAGCCACUCUGUGAUAGUGUCCUCUCACUACAAAUAAAACUCUACCUAAUACUUUAUUUACCCUUUUAAUAUGAAAAAAAUAUCUCAAAAGUCAAAAAAGUGACAAAACUACUGUUUUCAUAAUAUUUUCUAAAGUGAGGUUCUUCUUUGAAAGGGUCGGUCAAAGCCACAUGUAAAACCAGACAUCCUCUAACAAAAUGUGUUGGCCAUCUCAUCUAUGGACCACUCCAAGUAGACAUUUAUUAUUGAUAUUCUUUUGGGGUUAGGGUCUGCUUCACGUUAACAAAAUAAUAGAAGUCUAAGUAGAAAAAUCAUUCUUUGGAGAGUUCUGUAAAAGUCUGUCAGUAAAACAUUUGAUGAAAGGUGCUAUGAACCUCGUUUAACCAGUGACUGACUGGGUCCUGACAGAACAAACCAGUAGAUAUACAUAGUACGCUGUAGGUUUUCUCCAGGUUGCCAGUAUGCAUCAGUAAAACUCAGUAAAAUGGUUUGUUUUUUUUCCUGGAUUUCAUUGUAUUAAGAGAAUAUUUAUACUUCAGAAAUGUAAAUUAUGAGAAUUCAUGAUGAUGACAAGAUGAGAUGAGGAGAAGAGUCAGCACCUCCAAGUCUGAGGCCAUGGUUCUCUACCGGAAAAUGGUGGAUUGCUCCCUCCAGGUUGAGGAUGAGUUGUUGCCUCAAGUGAAGGAGUUCAACUAUCUUGGGAUCUUGUUCACGAGUGAGGGUAGGAUGGAGCAGAAGACAGGCGGAUUGGUGCAGCAUCAGCAGUAAUGCGGACGUUGUACUGGACCGUUGUGGUGAAGAGGGAGCUGAGCUUGGAAGGCAAAGCUCUCAAUUUACCAGUCAAUCUUCGUUCCAACCCUCACCUAUGUUCAUGAGCUUUGGGUAGUGACCAAAAAGGGUGAGA